AUGAUGCUGGUGAUGCGCGGGGUCGUGUCCCAGUUGAGAGAACAAGGGGCCAUGAUGCUGGUGAUGCGCGGGGUUGUGUCCCAGUUGAAAGAACAAGGGGCCAUGAUGCUGGUGAUGCGCGGGGUCGUGUCCCAGUUGAGAGAACAAGCCAUGAUGCUGGUGAUGCGCGGGGUUGUGUCCCAGUUGAAAGAACAAGGGGCCAUGAUGCUGGUGAUGCGCGGGGUCAACUGGGGCCAUGAUGAUGGUGAGGUCCCAGUUGAGAGAACAAGGGGCCAUGAUGCUGGUGAUGCGCGGGGUUGCGAACAAUUCCAGUUGAGAGAACAAGGGGCCAUGAUGCUGGUGUGUCCCAGUUGA